AUGGUGAAAUCAACACAAAUUGCUCGGCUCGAUGGGCUCAUGUUGGCGGCGUCUGUUGAUGACGAGCAGGCCGAAGCCGAGCUGUCUGAAAUUAAAGGCCAAGCUAAGAUGAUCUUUCGACGAUUGAAUCGUAACUCUGCGCCUCAGGCCAGCAUCGAAUCGGGACAAUACAAUCUCCAUUAUAUGAUCCAAGAUGACGUUUGCUUCCUAUGCAUUUGUGAUCGAUCCUAUCCCCGAAAACUCGCUUUCACCUAUCUUGCCGAUAUAGCCACCGAGUUCACGACUACUUACACGCAAUCACAAUAUCUCUCCCCAUCGCUUCGUCCUUAUGCCUUUGUCGAGUUCGAUACCUUCAUUCAGCGCACGAAAAAGCUGUAUCAGGAUAGUCGCGCAUCACAGAAUUUGGACAAAUUGAAUGACGAGCUGCGUGAUGUCACUAAAGUUAUGACCAAAAACAUCGAGGAUCUGCUUUAUCGAGGAGACAGUUUGGAGCGGAUGGGUGAAUUGUCAGGUCGGCUGAGAGAAGACAGCAAGAAAUAUCGCAAGGCAGCAGUGCGAAUUAAUUGGGAGCUGUUGGUGAAGCAGUAUGGUCCCUUCGUCGGUGUUGGUUUCGUUGUGUUGGUCUUGCUGUGGUGGCGGUUCUUCUAA